AUGGCAUCCACUCCUUCAAACCGGUUGAAAUUGACCCCGUCAAAUUCACCUUUUGUUCCACACCCUAUUCGAUCUCCUCAUCGCAGCAAAGCCUCCAUAGAUCCUCGCCUUUCUUUGAAGCGCGUUGUCGGUACCACCUGUGCCGCGCCCACAGGUUUUGAUACCGUACGUUCUUCGUUUGCAUACAUCGCCGGCGGAGCUGUAGUUGUAGUCGACGUCAACGGGGCUGAAUAUACCCAACGUUUCUACCGAGCCCGCCCUUCUGCAGUUCCUGUUUACAGUACGCCUCCGCUUCCUUACUCUCCAUCGGCACCGAACCAAACUCCAAAGGCGAACGAUAGCCGGAAUAGGUCUUCAUUGCGAGAAUCAACACACAGCUCCCUUGAUUGGUCCGAAUCCCCCACGUCAUCGAAGACGUGGACCAGUCGAGAGCGGAUCAAGGCCGCAACGUGUUUAGCUCUAAGCAAAGAGGGGAGGUUCCUAGCUGUUGGCGAAACUGGCUAUGCUCCCCGGGUGCUCAUUUUCAGCCUGGAAGAUAACUCGUCGGAUACCCCACUCGUCUCCAUCAGCGAGCAUGCGCAUGGGGUUAAGGCCGUUGCUUGGUCCCCUGAUUCGAAAUACUUGGCCUCUCUCGGAACUGCACACGAUGGCUUCAUCUACAUUUGGAAAAUAGACACUAAAACUGGUGCUGCACAGCUGUUUCAACAAAACAGAUGCACAUCUUUUAUCCGCGGCAUGGUAUGGGUGGGCAAUAAUCUAAUCACUUUAGGCGUACGUCAUGUAAAAGUGUGGAAGGUUGAAGAGGGCCAAUCGGUAUCUCCUAUGAAACAGAAGUUUACCGGAGAUUCGAGCUCGACCAAUCAGCAGCAUCAAAAGACGUUACUUGGUCGGAAUGUUAUACUUAAUAACAUGAUAGAAGCGACUUUUUCGUGUGGUGCUGCUAUCGACGAUACGAAGGCCAUCAUCUGCUCAGAGACGGGCGAUGUAUGUCUCUUCGACGACACAGAUAAGCAGAUGAAGUUGACCAAUGUCCUCGAAAGUGGAUUUGUGACGACUUGCGUGGCUAUCCGUGGAAAUAUCGCUUACCUCGGUGGUAAAUCGGGAAACCUAGCAACCAUCGACUUGGCAUCUUUCGUGAAAUGUGAUCAGAAUGCCCUUCGCACAAACAUUGGCUCGUUUGCGGGCCUCUUUGCUAUAGGAUUUCUGGAAGAAAAUAUGGUAACAGUUGAUGCCAAGCGCUCUAUCCACAUCUGGGGAUUUGAUAAGGUCACAGACACCUUAGACCUGGAAACUCCCCCUAUACCAAUGCCAGGACAUCAAGAGUCGAUUCUAGGUGUCGAAGCUCUUCGCCGCCCGACUGGAUUGGAUGCCGAUUUCUUCAGUUGGUCGGCAUCUGGCCAAGUCAUACUAUGGGAUGUCGAGGGUAAAAUCAAAUGUUCUUUUCAGGUACCACUUGAAGAGGCAAAUUUUGAAGAGGAGCCUGAUCUGGUUAAUCAGUUGAAUCUAGUACGAGCUACCGAGGGUGGCAAGUACUUUGUUACGGGUGACAAGCUGGGAAUUGUUAAGAUCAUCGACUUCGCAACCCUGAAAUGCGUGUCAACUAUGAAAGCCCACGCUUCAGAUUGCCAGUUUAUCACUACAUUUGAGGACAAAUCCAAGUUUAUCAUUGCAACCUGUGGUCGUGAUCGUACAGCACAGUUAUUCCACAGGACGACUACUGGAGAGUUCAAACAUUUUCAAACCCUUGAAUUCGCUACUAGGGUUGUUCAAGUGCUCGUUCCAUCAGCAGAUAAAGUGAUAACUUGUUCCUUGGACAGGACGUUGCAAGUCCACGACCUCGUAGAGAAAGAUGGCGACCCAGAUGUUAUGGCGGCUAUCCUCACUAAAACUCUACCCUUGAAAGCUUCUCCGUCAUCUAUGACAAUGGGCGCGGAUGAGAAAUCAGUGCUUGUCUCUCUACUGGACCGAACUAUGAGUAUAUUUGACCUGGAGAGUGGAAAGCUUGCAAAUUCAUUUAAAUGUAUCGACGAAAGCGGAAUCGAACCUGUAGUUUUGGAUUCUCUUACUGCUCGGCCGGCUGUUGACAGAGAACCUACGUUCGUUAUAGGCGUCUCAAACACGGAUAAAUCGAUUAGAAUCUAUGAUGCUCAAACGGGGUCUUUCUUAGACCGCGAAUGGGGACAUACGGAGGCUAUAAAUGGCGUGACUUUAGUCGAAGAGGAGGAUGGUAAGCUUAAGGUGGUAAGUGUUGGAUCAGACGGUACUCUUAUGGUCUGGGAAAUGGACCUACAAGAUCCGGCGUGGGGCGCCGCCACUCGCGAGCUAUCUCUUGCUAAGGAUAACUCCGUUGUUUCUCGACCUACUCUUCGACGUGUUCUCUCUAAAGCCGAGCUUGCGGAAUUUCAACGAUCCUCUCCCUCGGCGGGUCGACGAUCGCCUCCAAGAACUCUCGCCAAGAAGAGAUCAGCAUACAAUCUAGCUUCUACGCCGUCAUCAAAAACACCUACCGCUACACCUCAAGCAUGUCCCGCGUUAGCAAUUUCUGGAGACACUCCAACCAGGCGGCCGUCAACAGAUAGCCGGUACUGUAGCCCACCAUCUAGCCCAAAGGCUAGAGUAAAGAGACAACCAUCCCUACCAACUCUCAACUCUACGAAAACUAAGAGCAAUAACAACUUGAGAGGAUAUGGAACCCUUACUAUGGCUACAGAGCAGGCAUGCCGAACGCUCCGAGCCUACCGAAGGAAACUAGCUUCCACAGAUCCUAUUAGUCAGGAUGUCUUGGCUGAAAUAGAUCAGGAACUUCGCCUUACCUCUGUCGCUUUAGGCGAUAGAGCCACGCGAAGUAAGGCCAUAAGCGAGACUAUGCUAAGCGGCCUCUUAGACCAAUACUCGGAGCGCUUAGUUGCUCUGCUAGACGAAAAGCUUCGAGUUGGCUACAGAGGAUCAUCGGACCAAGAGCCGGAUUCGCCGGGGAUUUUACCGGGAAAACGACCCGGUUCAUCCGGGGGAGAGUCCAGUGCCGGGUCGGCAUAG